CAGAGGCUAAAAUAAGGUGACGAGCUUUUGCCAGCACAUUUCUUGAACUGCCUGACGGUAUUGCCUUUGACUUGUCUGCUUGAUUUUUCUACAAUCUCUUGCACUACCUUUGUUCAAUCUCUUUCACUUUCACUUUCACUUGAUUAAUUUUCAGCAAGUCAAGUCGAUUCAGCAUCCUCGUCCCUCGUUGCUAUUGUCUUCUGUUUCCCAGACGCGCCGCGUCAUUCAUCUACCCUCCUCCUCCUUCUACCUCGAGUCAUUCGAGAUCGAUCUUAUUCCACUUUUGUUUCCGUCACCAACACAACUCUCCAUCCACCUGCAGCAUACUGAUCAUGUCUGCUACGCGUACAAAGAAACCUGCGGCUUCGGCUGCUACUACUGCCAAAAAGGCCGUCAACUCGACGAAGAAUCCUGUCCCUGCGUCCAAAAAGACUGUGCAGACAAAGACAGCAAAGGUCGAGACAAAAGCUACCACAAAGACUCAAACUUCGAGCAAGAGAAAAGCUGAAGAGGUUGAAGAGGAGCCAAAAGUCAAUGGUAUCAAAAGAGUCAAGCCUAGUGCUACCACAACCAAUGACGAGGACAAAGCUGUCAAGACCGUCAAAUCAAGUCCCCCUAAAAAGACUGCCGCGUCGAAAGCUCCUGCAGCGACGAAAUCCAGAGCUAAAAAGGGCCCUGUGAACAAAGCCCCGACCGAGAAGCUGAACGUGUAUGUGUUUGGUGAAGGGUCCUCGGGCGAAUUGGGCUUGGGCAGUGCCAAAGGUCAGACCGAAGUCAAGAGACCGCGUUUAAACCCCAAUUUGAGCGCCGAUACGGUCGGAGUGGUCUCCUUGUCGGUCGGUGGAAUGCACACAGCUGCUCUGACCCAUGACAACAAGAUCCUGACCUGGGGAGUCAACGAUCAAGGUGCUUUGGGUCGGGAUACUACAUGGGACGGUGGUUUACGCGACAUUGCCGGAGAUGGCAGCGAUAGUGACGACGAUUCUGACAGCGGCUCCGACACUGCCGUCAACCCCAAGGAAUCAACUCCAGGAGAAGUCGACAUUUCCGAACUGCCUGAGGGUCUCGUCUUUACCCAGGUUGUCGCCACCGACAGUGCAACCUUUGCCCUCACUACUGAAGGUGAUGUCUACGGCUGGGGCACAUUUCGGUCCAACGAGGGAAUCUUUGGCUUCGACAGUAACACCCUGAUCCAACUCCGACCUAAGCUCAUCAAAGGCCUCAAACAAAUUGCCUCACUUGCUGCCGGUGCCAACCAUGUGCUUGCGUUGCAACACAACGGGAUUGUCUAUGGAUGGGGCUCUGGCCAACAGAACCAGUUGGGGCGAAGAAUUCUGGAACGAAGGGCCACCAACAGCUUGAUUCCCAUGCCCAUCGGCCUACCCAAGAAAAUCGUCAAUCUCGGUGCAGGCGCUUACAAUUCAUUUGCCGUGCGUGAGAAUGGCGAGGUCUAUUCUUGGGGCUUGAACAACUUUGGACAGACUGGCAUUCCUAAAGAAUUUGAUGAGACCGGCGCCAGUGUAGGGUCGGAUGUUCAUGCCCCCGAGGCAAUCAAGUCAUUAAAAGGAAAGGGCAAGGUCACUUGUAUUGGGGGAGGUGCUCACCACACCGUUGCAGUCACCGAUAAAGGUGAGCUCCUUGUCUGGGGACGCUUGGACGGCAAUCAGCUGGGCUUGAAAGUGUCAGACCUCCCUCAAGACCAAGUUGUUCGCGACACCGCAGGGAACCCACGUAUUCUGACGAUGCCGACACAAAUCCCCGGCAUUGAUGCUGUCCAAGCAGCCGCUGGCUCCGACCACUGUGUUGCCAUUGACCGCAAAGGCAAAGCGUACGCAUGGGGAUUCAGCACGACGUUUCAGACUGGGUUGGGAACCGACGAUGAUGUGGAACUGGCCACUCAAAUUGAUAACACGGCAGUUCGAGACAAGAAAUUGGUUUGGGCAGGUGCCGGUGGGCAAUUCAGUAUCAUUGCAGGCCUGGCACAGGUCCCUUUGACCAACGGAGUCAAUGGACAUGCUUGAGAGACACGAGAUUGGUGAAAUUUAUUUCUUUGUAUACUAGAUCUUGUCUCCGAAGCGGAUGGUUGGAGGGAGACACACUUCUGCCAGGAUGCCAUGCGCUGUUGAGGGCUGGGAUGAGUAACACAAGUCGACCAACAAUGAUAGAGCUAGCUUGGGGAUGGUCUAGCUGACGAUCGAGCUCAAAAGUGGCUGAUGAGCAGCACAGCGUUCAGUGCUUGUUACAGUAAUUCAAUAUCGGGUUUUUCUUUGGUUUGUGGUAUGUGCCUUCCUUGCCUAAGUAGUGUAUUUGGUUGAUGGGAGAAGAGGUCGCCCCUAAAAAACCCCUUGAUCCUCCAACUUUAGGGGGGACAGAGAGCCUGAAGAGCCCGAGGGGCCACAGAGAUCACUGACACUUAGGGGCAACAUGGCACUCAAUACCUCCAAGCCCAAGCUAUAUCUUGUACCUACAAUAAUAAUCAAAAGUCC